CUCUUAAGCCGGAACCUUGGGGAAAGUCAUUCGCCUUGGAGCACACGUUUAUGUCGCGGUUUCUAUCACCAAACUACUGUCUUUUCACCCACUCUAGCUUGGAUUAAAUCCAAAAUUAUCGAAAUAGACCUCUUUUAGUCGACCUUUGAUAGAUUGAGCUUUCAUCUGUCCAAAAAAUGAAAACUUUCCAGAAAUGUCCUUGCGUGUCCCACGGAAAAGCAUGUCUAUUUACAGAGUAUUGGUGUGGUAUUGUUAUUGACCUCAAGUCCGUAAAUGCUGGAAUAUAAAUUACGUAUCACGAGAGCAAGGCAAAUAUUCAAGACACUUUUACAUCGAUGACAACUGUGUAGUAUUGACUGGUGGGUGUUUCAAGCUUUCAUUAACCAUCUUGUUAAACAAAAUAUUCUGUUUACAUGUAACUCGCUGGCAGUCAACAGAAAACUGUAAAUAGUUGGAAUAUAUAGGUAAGUCUACAAUUUAACAAGUCACGGUAUUAUAAAGUUUUUUAUCUUCAGGCGUGUCACUAAGAGCUCUGAUGAAACCCAGAGAAAAGUUAUGGGUUAACAGGGUGCAUGGUAAACCGCGCGCAGAAGAACUAAUAAAGACCUAACUAAUUUUUUCCUCUUCCGAAAGGCGGUCGACUCUUCUCCCCUGAAAAUACCACUGCAAUUAUCACGGGCGAGGAUUUAAGAUGAUGAUCCGUUUAUGAAAAUUUACCGCGAUGACAGCCCAUCGCCAAAAUUAGCGAAGGUUAAUUGAUGUGUAGUAGUUUCCAUUUCUGACAAUUGUCGAUCUUUGUUAGAUUGCAAUUUAUACGUUUCAUCCUUCGCUCUUUUCCGGUGAAAGGCGCUUUUCUUUUACCGGCCUGUAGGAAGGGAUUUGCCAGAAGAUCCUUCUUGUGUACAAGUUUAAUAUCUAUGCAAAGUGGUAGUAAACCGUUACACUGAGAAUAGUUGUAGGGAGAGGUAUUGGAUAACUUAUUUCUGCUUUUAUCAAAAUGAUCAUGUUUACAAAAACAAAUUUAUUGGAUUCACAAACUAUAUGAAUUGUCUUGACUUUGUUUUUGUUAUAUAUUCGAUGGGCCGAUCAUUAAGAAGCACCUUGUGCUCCAGUUUAAGAUUGUUGCUUGAAUGUAAGACAUUGUGUUAACUGGAGUUCUGUUUGUCAUCGUUAAGAAUCGAAGAGAGCAAAUGAUGCGAGAACUAAUAAAAUUCGGAUUUGAUUUAAUUUCCGGGGAAACUCUUUGUGGUACAAUUCGCGCGGAGAGUAGAUCUUAAUCCCUCCGAUUUCACUUCUUUUUUUAUGACCUAACUGUCACUUUUUAUUGCCCGAAAUUUCAAAACAAUGUCAUUUCAAAAUCGAUGGCGUCCUCACAAGUAAUAUGCACAACAAGUGAAUAGUGUUUAUACGAAUUUGCUUCGGUGAAAAGAACUCUUACAACAACGCCGUAGAAUUAGUGUGUUCAAAGGAAUUCGUGGGUAGAGGAUACACAUUUUCUCCAUCAACUAAAAUCGAAAAAAAAUGAGGUGGAUUUGGCUGAGUGAAUUACAAAACUGUGAAAUGAAGCCACGAAUGCCAAUUUAAAAAUUAACAGAAAUCAGAAAUCAAAUAGGUGCGCGGUAUCCAGUAUUUAAACAUGAUAUAGCUGCAAAUAUAAAUAUUGAAAUUUACCAUUGAUGGUUGAAUCAUUACCUGUGGAGAGACAAACGUUUUAUAUGAUGUCCUCUUUCACGCACUGAAAUCGAUCUAGUUAAUUACGACUAAUAACUUGCCUUCCUCCGAUAGUCGGAAUCAUGAAAGGCCACUGACAAACUUAAACUGAUGCAAGCUUUUGUCUUGACAGCGAUGAAUACAUUUUAGAAUUGGUCACAAGUAAAAGGAUAUAUUCGUUUCUAGUGUAUAUUAAAGUCAUUGAAACUAGUUCUAUUGUAUCGCUCCAUGGUAUUGUAACGUUGUGAACGCUCAGAGUUUUUUCUCAGAGGUUAGUGUCUGGCGAACGUUGAAUGCGUUCGAAAUUUUCCUUUUAAAUGCAAAUAGAACAGAAUGAAAUAAUUGGCAAAAUAUUCUCUUCUUAGUUUAUUACACCGUUAAAGUGGUGCAAAUUAGAGUUGAUGAGAUCGUUCACAAUAUGCUGUUGAAAUAAACACUCUGGAUAAUUUGAAUUUAUUGAACGUGAUUUUAAUAACAGUUGCCUUUUGAAGGGUUUUAGAACAGUGCGGCAAAAAUUUUCGGCCGCAGCAUCUGGAAAAGAUCCCCGCCUCUUUUGAUUAAAAUAACAAAACUCUAUCUCCUCAUGGCCUUCUAAGUUUAAUAUACAGGGAUAAAGGCAAUUAUAAGACUUAAAAAGAAACAGGUAAACUGCGAUGCAUUCGAGAGGAACAGACUGAAAAGGAGUAAAAAAACUGUGCAAAUUUCUUAACUCGUUGGCUUAGCGUAAGGAGGUAACUGGAUGAGACAGGUCUCUUGCCGUGAGACUCUAACGAUGUUAAUGUUAUAUUAACCUUUUCCUGCGGGAUACCGCAUACAUUUUGUGCUAAAUCAUGCUCCCUUCUUGCACUCCAUUGAUUUUGUUUUCAUUCCAGAACUCGCAAGGAUUUAAACAGUCUUGAUCCUCACGACAGCACAAACCAGUUCGCGAUUAGAUCCUCCUUCUCGCCAAGAAGUUGCAUUUGAACUCUUAAUUGCUGGUAAGUUAUACUGAAGUUAUUAUUAUUCGUCAUUCACACUAUGGCCUCUCUUCUGACAUGAAGCAAUUUUGAUUUCUAAAAUUUCACUGAUCCUCCGGGAUUUAUCGAUGUACAUACUACAAGCAAUCUUCUUUUAAGACAGCCUUAUUUAUACAUUUUCAUUACUGUAUUAACCAGUGUUACAGAAUAAGCCACUAAAGCUAUCGGAAGCCUUUGACUACGAUAUCAACAUCAGAGACGAAAGUGCAAGUAGACAUGAUAGUUACAAUCAGCGCAUCUUGUGUUCUCUCCGCUCCAUGAAAAGCAAACCCGGCUAAACGUACUAAGUAACAGUGGCACAACUUUGUUUUAUUUUGAGAUAUAUCUCAAGAAGACCAUCACUUUAUGUGCUAGGUCUGUAUUUGCGCGCUUGAAUGGUUUCUGUUCGCUACAAAACAAUAUGAGACGGCCAUCGAGAGCGGAAAAUCGAACGAAAUCACUUCCUUACAAGGGGCGCGCUAAGUACUUUUCGAUCGCGAUUUAGCGCUGAGCGCAUUGUCUAGCUAAAUCGUAUUUUACCUGCCUGUUUAUCGGCUCGUGGGAGGGACGACUUCUUCGCUUAGACAAGCAUGGAAUUCUGGACAAUUUACAGCAGCUUAUUGCACGACGUGGAAGUCAAUAUCAUCACGUCAUGCUGAGCUAACACCGCCUCAGUUCAAGGACCUUAAGAAAAAUUCUUAACAAUAAACUCUUUGUUUCUGCCAAUCUGUGGUAUGAUAGGGAAAUCGCGAUGCACACACUAUUAAGAAAACAUUCCCUUCAUAAACUGUCGUGUAUGAAAGUCAGCUAUUCCUUUAGGCUCUUCAGUAAUAGGAUAGAAACGAAAUAAUCCAUCGAGGUGAAAGAAAGAUCACCAAACGCUUUCAAAAACCAAUUAUUCCGAUAAUAAGGGAUUCGCGAAAUCCCACAAGGUGUUUCCAUCCGCACAGGCUUCUAAUAUGUAGAGGUUAUAAUCAGAGUCCUAGCAGCAUUUACUCUUAGUAUAUGCUCUUAGAAAAUAACACACAGCUAAGCGUUACAAAACUGGCGAACACGCUUAAGCUCACGUAGAUGGUAGUCAUUUUCGCGGCUCGUAACAGACAGACACCCAAUAACGAUUAGCAGAGAGUUAAAGGUGACCUUUUCCAGGCUCGUCUGUUUUUAUCUUUCCUGUUAUACUUGUACAAGAAAUAAUGUGAGGGAAAGUUACCAUGUUUCUAGAUCAAUAUUUGUGUUGGGAUUGUGUAUUUUUACAGUUUUAUGUUUAAUUGUGAGUGCCAUCUCAAGUGUAAGAGUUGUGUUUACUUUCACUCCAUUUUGGCAGCAUGAUCGACAUGAUACAAAGCUUACAAGAGGUAAUUUUGAAGCAUCUUUAUCUCUGAAAAAACAUUGAUCAUUAUUUGCUACAUAACGUCUCUCGAGUGCAGCCUAUCACGGGCAAAUAGUCUUAGCCCAACGAAAGACGUUUUCAUCCCUUCUAUCGAUUGACCCAAUCGCGCGUGUUGCACGGAAAACAUAAAUUUAAGUACUGUUUAUAUAAGACCGAUUAUCGAUCACGAACUCAUAGACUUGAUGUUAAAUAACAAACCCGCUGUUUAAAUUUCGUUUUGAUUCGGCUCUUCCUGCUCAUAAAAAGAGACUGGCAAAUGUGUGAUCCAACCAUAUUUUUUUAGCACAGGAUAAACAAAGAGGCAGCAGAGAAGGAAACUAUUUAGUCAUCUCAGCAGGAGGGAGGGUGUUUUGAAGUAAUGUUUGAUUUCCACCAGGAAUUUUUAGCAUUGCCCCCUUACGAAGCGGUUUUCAGCGGAAGCUUAUCAAACGAAACUUUGUUUUCUUUUUGUCAGCGCUCCCGUCAAGCAUCGCCAUGAGUUUUCUUAGAUUUCAGUUCGCUCUAUGUGCGUGAAAUUGAUUGAAAAACCACAGAUCGAAGACCUCUUAAUCCGGAAACUCGGCCAGCAAGACAAACACGCGUGCAAGCAUUUUUUCUCACAGUUUUCUAAAGAGGGAAAAAUAAGGUUCACGUUUUCUAGAAGGUUGUCGUUUUCGCAAUUGCGAGAAAAAAUCGCAUAGCGGUUUUGUUGCAGUUGUUUUCGUUCACGGUAAUAAAGCAGGAAGUGGCAUUCCGUGUUCAGAUUUGCAGUCCCUGAGAAGUUUUCUAUUUGUCUUUUGUGUUUUAUCUUCUGAAACUCUCGAAACUUCAGUGUUUCCGAUACGCUUAAUUGUUAAGUUUUCACAUUUGAUCGAGGAUAUUUUAUCUUUGCGCGUAAAAAUAUUUAAUUCUCAAAUAUUUCCUUUUCAUUUCAAGACAAAUCCACUUUAUGCGCGUGUUAUCAAGCAUGUUUUAUUGCGCUCUCUUUUAAUAAAACACACUUUUUUUGUUAAACUUGAAAGUAAAAUGUGUUUUAUUGAACGAUUUGUUUGAAUUGUUUUGUCCAACAGUGAUAUGCCUCUCACACAAGUGAAAGGGACAAAUAGAAACCUUUCAUCAAAAUUUUUAUUAAUCUGUAAGGCUGAUCUGUGAGAAGCUUAAGCUUCCCUAGCUGUAAAAGCGUUUGUGAGGAACUCUUUCCUUAAUUAGUUAACAAAAGCGAAUAGAUUUAACAAAGGGUAUUCAAAGACGAAUUUCUUUAUUAAAGACCUUUCCGAACCAAAUAAAAAAAAAAGACUUGGGUAUGAUUCAUGCGAAAAAAGUACCGAAGAAUUCAAAGAAAAAAAAAAUAAUUGUUAUUAGUAGAGUCAGUAUACUUUUAUGAUUGGGUCAGCUGAUACAAAGUCGAUAAGCAAAAUAUAACUUUGACCUUCUAGGUAACAAGUUGAGCUGGUUUUCUUCUUGUUCUUGGUAACAGUGAUUUUUUUAUCUAAAACAUUUCGCUAUCAUAGUUUGAAGCUAGAUUUCCAGCCAUUUUUAAUAUGCAGCUUUUCCAGGGCUGGUUUUGCUAUUUAAAAUGCAACCCACUUUGUUUACAAAGGGUGGUGUAUCGCAUUCUGUUCCCAUGUUUCCAAUAUCUUGAGCUUAAAGGCAAGACCAAAUCUAACAGUCUUAAAAUUAAAACGAUAAUUAGUCCGCGUUUGGUUUUAAUUGAAAAUCCUUUGAAUUUGGGCAAGCGAUGAAUUAUUCGUUCUUCUGUGACGUAAGAGGAGAUAUUUAUCAUUUCUUUGGGCUUCUAUUGUGUGCAAUUGCAAAUACAACGGACGAAUAAAAGGAUCAUAACUCCUUGUGCGUCUUUCAAAAUUAACCUUUACGCAAGGCCGCCAAUUCUCAGUUGUGUCAUUUCAGGCAAUAUACCAUCGUCAAACAAUUUGAGUUAAGCCAGCCUUUCACUAAACUAGGCUGUCAGUGGAUUAGAGCGUGCGAAUCUAUGGGACAUCCGUUUUUUCUUCAAGAAUUAAAUUAAAGGUGCAACUCUCGAAACUUAACUUCCAUAAAGAGUCCCUAGAUACAUCUUCAUCCAGGAAGCUCCUGGUGUUUUACAUGACUAGAGAUUUCUAUCGAAGGAGAUCAAAGAAAAAGAAAUGCCUUUUUCAUCGCAUCAAACCUACAACGCUUGCCUUCCCUCUCCGCGUUCCUUCUUCUCAAAAAGUUCUCUGAAUUGUUUCUUCAAGGAAACGCAAGCUUUUGAGUUUGUAAGUAAUACUUUAUGUCCAAUUCUCAACGUUCUCUCAUUACCUAAAGACUCACUCAUCAAAAUCCCAGGCUAUCAAUCGCGAUCUUUCAAUAUCUACAGGUCUGUGGUUUCCUUUCGUAAAUUAACGACACGAGUGACCGGUCACUGGGGCGCGAAAAUAUAUCCGUUGGUUCUCUCCUUUUCCAUUCUCCUUGGUAAGGAGGUUUACCGUUUAAUUAAUCUUGUAAACCCGUUCUUCACACGUGUUUCUGGCGAAAUUUAGGAUUAGGGCCUUUCAAUAUUAAUUAUUAGUUUUGUAAAACGACUUGCGAAGGGGCACAAAGUACAAAAAAUGGAGAUUUAAUCCUCUCUAAAGCUUUUUCACCGAUUUGUCUUCAUUUGUCUCUCAAGUCAUGAAGGUUAGGGAUCGUUUGACAGAUAGAUUGAUCAUAGAAUGUCCCGAUAUCAACCUUAAAUCCCUGGUAGAAGCUAGAAUUCCUUUAGAGUUUAAGACAGACUGGCACCUUCCCAAGUUACGACAACAGAAGUAUUUUGCCAACAAGCCAUCGAAAACUUUUUAAAUUUCGUUGAAAAGGAUUAUUGAUUUCAACGGCAACAAAACCGCGCAAGAAGAUCAGUGAUUUUUAACUGACCUUGUACUUAUAGAUGCCGGUACUUUUCAACUUAAAUGAUAUGUUCAGACUGCAGAAAUUCCACAACGGAAAUGUAUAAAAGCGUACUCAAAAAAAGGGUUACAAUAAAUUUUUUUGGACAAAACUAAUGUUUUAAUUGGAAUCAAGUCUUCCCUUUCCGUUUAGCAUAAGAAGUAAAAUAAUAAUAAUUUAGAAACUGUUGCUCGUAUAAUUCGGUUUUGACAGAAUUCCUUCGUAAGGCAGUGAUGAUGUGAUUGUAAAUGAAAUGUUGUCGACACUAGUUAGGUUAACUAGACACAGACAAGACACCCAGAGCAAUUUACGCCUUGUUGCUGAUGAGAUAAGAACUAAACUGGCCUGAGGAGGGUUGAAGUGGCCCAUCAUGUCGAGCACGAGUUACAGCUUUCACAUCUUUCUUUCUUCUUGUUCAACACAGUCCUAGAAUAUUGAGUAAUGCUCCUUACUUCCAGCAUAUUCCCCGGAAUAUGAGGCAUGAUCAUUAAUUACCUUGAAGACUUCUUGAGGUGACGAUAAUUAACAACAUAAAUGAAACCGCGUCUCUUUCAUUACCUUUGCAGAUUUUGUUCUUUUCUUUUGAGGAUUUUGCAUUUUUACCUUACUUAUUGAUUGAAUUUUUACUUUUUUUUCACAAGGAUUCUCUCACGAUAAAUAUCGAUCGUUCAUGACUGUUCUUUAAAUUGCGCACAGAAAGGAAAUAUUACGCCUAAUGUUUCCGAUUGUCAUAAGAAUGACCGCGAAGUAGCUUCUCGCGCGAAGAUAUGCAUGUUUUUAAUUCUCGUGACAAAGAGUCAGCUUUAAUCGACUGACUUUGUAUUUUUCACUUACAAUCAUGCGGCUUCCUUUUUGGCUACCAUUGCAAAACUAACGACCUCCCACAUUGUCCCAAAUUAGAAAAAAAGGAACAAUUAUCCUACGUUUGAUUUGGGCUCAAUAAAAGCAUUCAGCCUCGCUCGCUGCACUGAUUGGCUUGGAACGGCGGUUUCUGAGCUCUCCUGAGUUUGCCCACCUAAUCGCGUGAAUAUUUUCUCUGACCCGGGAACAAUAAUCCGGCUGGGUGUAGCUUUGACAGGCUUGUUUUUGUUACGUUGAAUUUCAGGAAGAGUGCUUUAUCAAGCGGAUUUUCUGUCCCGUCUUUCUGUAUUAAUAUCUUUGACAGGUAUGAUCUGCAGGGGGUCCCGAAGGGGCCAAAUUGGCGAAGAAGGUCGCGCGUCUAAGCCGCGAGCUGAUCAUUUCGUGUUUUCAUUUGCAUCCGCAGCACACGGCAUACAACGCACUCCAUAACUUACACCAGGAAUCCAAGAUGGCGGGUUUUCUGAAUCAUUACCCACCGUAUCCAGUCAACGGUCUAAACAUGCCUCCGCGAACCGCGGACAUGUUUUCUCCAAUGGUCGCUCCGCCGUAUGGUAGGCCUCCUUUAUUUUUAGACGCGAAAUGGGAACAAUGGUCUUGUCUUGGUCUCCACAGAACCAAAAAGCCCUCUAAGUAAAGCCUUAAUCGAAUAUAAUACUUAUCUAAGACUGGCACACCACUGGUCUCCUCACUAUGAGCCUUGUUUGGUUGUUUUGGCAUAUUUUUUGUGAGCAAUAUUCGAUCGAUCGAUUAUUUUACUCGUGCUAUUUCAGGACGUUAUUUAGUUUGGCGAGACCUCCCAGAUGUGUGGGCUUAGAACUUGUAACAAGCUCCAAGAUAAAACAAGAGCAUAUCAAAACCUUUCUCAAUCCUCCUAUCAAGGAAUGAUAAGUUAUAAAUUGAUUCCCUCUUCUUAAUAAGUUUGGGAUAGUAGUUUUAUUAAGUGAGACACUAUGGCAUCUGUUUCAUUUAUCUACCAUAGGAAAUUUCCGUGUUGUAAUUCUAGUCAUCAAGUUUGAUUCCUGUUGAGUUGGCUAAAAUCAUACCUUAUCUUGUUCAGGAAGGACAGGACGAGAUUUUUUCGCUCCCGAAGGAUUUGCGGGCGCAAAAACUAUUUAAGCUGGGCCGAUUUUCAAACGAAAAUGUGUUCUGUGAGAACAACUUUCAAUAGGGGAAGGUGAAGCAUUUUUCCACUCGAAAAACAGCCAAACUGAUUUGCAACUUUGUGUUUUGAAAUGCUCGAAACUAGAUGAUGUUAUUUCUUUAAGUGCGCUUUCUUUGAAUGAUUGCUUGGGAGUUUAAAUAAUAAAUUUACUUUAACUUCACGAGAACGGAAAUAUCGUCCCAUUGAGACGAUAAAACAACAUAAAACAUGUUAAAAAGACCACAAUGACACGGUUCCAAAUACCUUAGGAAUUUUUGCCAAAAUUCGCUACAUCGUUGCAAUAAAUAAACUCGUUUUUUCCUACUUUGGAAAUAGCUCAGUUUGUAUCGUUGCUCUUCAAAUUACAUCAAGUUAAACUCCUUUGGCAAAAAAGGGGUUGGCUCAAUUCCCCACACAGAUUGUACGCAAUUUCAACCACAAAGAAAAUCUCUUGAACAAAGUUUGAUAAAGACAAAUGACUUUCAUAAAUACAUCUGAAUAAAGCCAAAACGACUGUGUAACCAACAUGUAAACUCGUUUGCUGUGAGGGCAAAUCCUAAAGUCGAACUUUAUUGCUGUAAUAAAGAUUUCAUUGUUUUUAGAGGAUAAACGUAUUCCAGUCUUUAAAUGCUGAGCUGGAUCUAGUAUAAGCGGCAAUUAAACGAUUCAGGCAUUUUUUUGAGUUGAUGGAAAUCAAUCUUUCAGGUUAUCCAAGAAAACAAAGAAGAGAGAGGACUACAUUUACAAAAGCUCAGCUUGAAAUAUUGGAGGAACUGUUCUCCAAGACAAAGUACCCUGAUAUCUUUAUGAGAGAGGAAGUUGCAAUGAAAAUCAACCUACCAGAAUCAAGAGUACAGGUAAUUCAGUGUAUAGUUAUUUUUUUUCUCGGAGUGGAGAAUCAGUGAACAACUGCACGACUUGGAAUAUAAAUGCUUGAGUGAAGAACUGAGAUGACAGAAAAUUUAUUGGUCAAGUGAUGCGCUAAUCGGGGGCACCCAAACCGUGUCAACUUUUUCUACAAUGGAAUGUUUGAAAACUGACCACUAUAGGAAUAAUAGGGAAUGUUUGUCUUCCGUGUUCAUUUAAAAAUGACUGAACUGAACUGAGAAUAUCAUCGAAGUUUAUUCUGAAAAAAGUCUCACUUAACAAGGCGGGGCCGAUUGUGUCUAAAGUUCGAUAGGAAAGCACUUCGAGAAGAAAACGCUGCAGAACAUUUGCAUGAAAUUACCGCGAAUCUGUUCUCAUUUCUUUUCCCCCUUUCAUUCUACACACAAGAGACAGUUCAAAGUACUUUUUCUAAGAGUUUAAUCCACUCUUUCUACUUUCAUUGCGUUUCCCAAGUUUGGGGUUUGCCCUUUAGGCAUUAAGCAUGUAAUGCGCCUGAAUUCUUUCCUCGCAAAACUUUCCUUUUAUUUUGGUUAAUCAUUUGACGUUUAUAAAAAGUCUUAAACCUGUUUUCACAGCGGAAAACAUUGUCCUGGUUCAUCAGGAUCUCGUAAUGACAAGGUUUUAACUAGUUUCAUGUGUUUUCAAAGCAUGAGCAAUUGUUACUAACAAUAAAUAUUUUUUGUUUUUUCAAAAUUGAACUUCAGACUUUUCAAAGUACGAAUACAAGCAAUUCUCUCUGUUCACUCAAAACAAUUACAAACACGUACGUGAUUGAACUAGAGGAGGAGGAAAACUUUUAGUAGGCGAUAUGAAUUGUUUCUUCACCACAAAUUGGCACCCAGGAAGGAAUGUUUUCCGUUUUUUCCGGCCCCAUUAAACUAUAUGAUCAGUUGUGGGUUUUAGAGCUUUCAAAUGUUUUUUUUAUCCAUUACGUGUAAUGGUUUAAAAGUGGUCUGUCAAGUCGCACUUGAUUAAGCGUUAUACACUUUAAAAAAGACCCCAAACGCUAAAGCAACUUUGUAAAGACAGAUUUCAAAAUAACUAAAAUGGGAGCGGGGGUGUGAGGAGUAGGGGGGGUUCAGAAUAGAAAUAUUAUGUUAAUAGCCUUCUUUCUUUUUUAACGACAAAUGAAAAGUUGUUCUUUUUUCUUCAUUUAUUCUUGUUGGUAGACUUGGAAGGGCAAAUUGCCACCAAAGUUGUUUAAUCAGAGCACAUUCAAGUACUAGAAACGAACAUGACCCGCAGCUUCAAUCCCUUACUUCGAUAUGCCAGUCCAAAAUACAAAUUUAUUAAUGAAAAGAAAGACUUCCACAAAUUUAGCUUAAUGUGAGACCGUCAGAAAAGAAUAUUUAAUUCCCUCGUUUAACCUCCAAUUUCAAACUGAAAAAAUUCGUUGUGGUUUGCUCAGCCUCUAUUUGAUCAGGUGUAAAUUCUAAUUAUAUUAAAAUAUUUUAACUUCCGAGUAUUUAUCAUUUAAGGGUGUACGCCUGGAUUGUGUACGUACACACGAAUGUAGUGUCAAGGAAUUUCACGCCCUUAGACAGUUCAUCUGUUCUCACGUAAUGAUACCAAGGUUAAAUAUAUUUUAUUUGAGAAAUGCAGGCUUAUAAAAAGCCAACAAGGAGCAAUGUAUCGACCACGUUUUAUUUAGUGAAAGAAGAAUGUCUUGUUUUAUUUAGUGUGCGUGAGGUUUGAGAUCGCGUGUUUGUUUGUAUGUCGAGACAGCGCGCUUGACCUCCGUUUUGCGUGCAUUUGUUGUAUGAUGUGUCUCCUUUUUAUAUUGUAUUUAUUAGGACCUGAAACUCUCCAGAGAAAACUACUUAAGACCUUUCCCGAAAGUCACGCUCACGCAAAAAGGCAGGAUCUUGCGUCAAACUUGAUCGUAAUGCUAACACAAAACCUCCGAACUUCAUUAUUGACUUUUAUUUGAGUAGCAAUACUAACUUUUCCACCUAAACCUUCUAAUCGAGCUUUCGUUAUUUUUCUGCUUCUUAUCUUUUCAAAAUGCUAUUGCUACUCAACGUAAAUCGCCACUGGAUACAAAACAAACAAAACACUAGACAACAAUUGAAUUCCACUUGUUUCGCAGGCGCCAUUUGCAAUUUAACGGCACUGGAUGUUUAUUUAUUUAUUUUCCUUUUUCAAUAGGUGUGGUUUAAAAACCGACGCGCCAAAGUUCGACAACAGAGCAAAGGGGAACCCAAACCCAAACCCAAGCCGAAAGCGCCAACUGUAAGUAAAGAUUCCUCACAGGCGGGCCCAUCACCAUGCAGGUACGCCAGCUGUGGGAAUAUCUGGAGCCCGGCGCACGACUCCGUAAGGCCCAUGCCCACGUACCCCUCUCAUGCUGUCAUUAACAACAGCAUGGCAAUGUCUACUGCAAGUCCUUCCUUCAUGCCCCCACCACCACCUCCUCCGUAUUACUGCUCAAGUCCAAACGGUGGAUCCUACAUGCCCUUAGAGCAUGCGCAUAUGCAUCCAAUGGCGCCAAGAUAAAGCUUUAGUUGUACGUCUAUGGGAUCGUUUUAAAGGCACAAAACCUCGUACAGGCUGGAAACGCGUAUAAAGCAGAAGAAAAAAAUUACGUUACAUACCAGGUUUUUGAUAAAACCAAUUAGUUUAGAUAAAUAGCUUAUUCUGGAAUACAAUUCCCUGACAGUAAUCCUCGCAUUGUCUUCAAGAAAAGGAAAACUUGUUUGCCAUUUAAUACGAUUCAAAUGGCAGAGUAUCGAUUCUUCCGAAACGCAUUUAAGGAUCAGCAUGCUAGCUUUGUUCUUGGAAUCCUCUAAAAGCUUCGUUUUAAUGAAACUAAACCUGUUUUUCUUUGGAAUUAUCUCGCAAAACCUUUUAGGAUUUCAUGAAAGUCUUUCUGUGAGGUAGAGCAUUAUCUGAAGUAAUGAGAACGCUCGUUCGCUUUUGAACCGCAAGAAUGCAUAGUCCGUUGCUUUAUCGCACGAAUGUUAAGAAAAUACAUUGCACCGAGUUGUUGUUUAUGGGCUAAAAAUUACAUAUUUCCUAAACGUUUGCCUAAAAAGAUACCGUAGUGUGAUUUACUUCUUGUCUUAGUUGUUUUCGUUUGGUAAGUGUUUGGUGUUACUUUACAUGAGUUUUUGAAUAGAUUCAACCCAAUGGACUUUCUAAGCUGGACCCUUUGACGCUAGUAGUUUCCGGCUGUCGUACGUAGCAGUCAUUUGUUAUUGUACCUUGUUCUUCAGUGAUCAUUUUGUCGUCGAAAAUGACUCUGUUUAACCUUCCAGUCCAAGGUUUAACGUUCAAUCAUCUUUGCAGAGUAAUACAUGAUUUUAGUUCUUGGAUUCUAAGCUUUAGAUUUGAAAUACUUGCUCGGCAACGUGCAAUUUAGUAUUCAAACAAUCAGUUUUCAAGUAAAAAACCUGUCCAGCGUGAUUAAAGGUUUUGCAGGAGAUUUCUUCCUUUUGAAUAGUCACACAUUGCGGUUUCAAGUGCAAAUCCUAAAGUUUGUCAAACAACAUUUAACAGCCUAAUAGUAUGAAAUACUUUCUUCGAUUUUCAACUGAAUGCUAUUUUCUCAUAUUUUUUUGCCUGGAUUUUCACAUCUUUCGCUCAAUGUUCGCAUUUCACUUAAAGGUUUUUAAUGUAGAAAUCAGAAUUUAUGGCCAAAUAGCUAUGUAUGAGUAAAGUAACUUCGUUAUCUAUAUAAAACUUUUUUUCCUGUAUCAGUCAUUCAUUUGCAUAUUUCCUUUUUAUUAUUUUUAGUAACCAAGAUAUUAUAAUAUCUUGUUAUUACAUAAUGAAUACAUGCCACUCUAUAUCUUGUACUUAUUUAGCUAGUUUCGAUUGCUUCACUAACGGUAUUUUACAUAAAGUCUUUUCAACCUGGGGCUUUACAGAACGUUACUAUAAAGUAAAACAUAACCUCAUAUAAUAUAUUGUUGAUAAAUUCUUCGAUUCCAGCUAACGUGUAAAUAGUUACCUAAAGUUUGGUGUAAAACAUGGGUAUAUAAGAAAGCUAUCUUGUGAUGCGAGUGCAAUCUAAUUAUUAAGUGUACAAAUAAUUUUAGGGCCAAACUAGUCUAGACUAUUCCUUCAAGCUCUGAUCAGAGCAUACACGACUGAAAUUGUCACCUUGCGCAAGUUUCUACAGUUAUUUGUUGGGAAGUUUAAAUUUCUUGAGGAUCUGCGAGUAAAGGGGCUAUUGGGUU